GAUGCAAACAGCAUCAGAUCGCGAACGCGAUUCAAACGCAAUCAACAUCAGCUCCUGUACACACCUACAUACACAUCUCAUCUGUCUUCGUUUUUUUUUGGCGCAAUUCACCAUAGCGUACCCUGUAGGCUUGAGUCACGGUUGCGAACAUUGCCGAAACCGUGCACUUCAACUCCGGAAAUAUCCCCGGAGAGUGCGUUUUUCCUUUCGUUAUGCAUCCAUUUUUGUAUUCGCUUAGUUAAGAAGAAAAGAAAAAAUUUAGAGGAAAAUUACAGCAAGUGCAGUUAACAUUUUAACGGGUGAAUUUAGGUAACCUUUUGAGUGAAAUCGAUCACCCCCGGUUACGCAUGGUCAGAAAUUGCGGACACACGGUUUCGGUUGUGACAUUAGUACAGUACGGUAGUAUCUGCCAAAACGGAGUGACGUUAAUUAACCUUUAACAAGUGUCAAGUGUUGUGCCUCGUGUCGUGUUCUACCUGUUCCUGAGUGUGUGUGGCGGUUUGUGGCUGUUGUGUAUGUGUAGUGUUCACCGUACAUCAUCAUCGGGUGUCUUCCGGGCCAAGGUUGCUGUUUGGAAGGCACACCGCUGUUGACUCUGUCUCAUCAUGGGCUGUGGAUAUCGGUGGCGGCCAGUGCAUCUCGCCGCCGAUCGCAACUAUGGUGGUACGGUUCAUAACCAAGCGCUUUAUCGGCGAGUACGACCCGAACCUGGAAAAGGUGUACACCUUCAACACGCUGAUCGACAACGAGUUCGUCCUGUUCGAAAUACUAGACGCAGCCGGCCAGCCAAACGAAGCCGAUUGCCUGACGCUCGAGGCCAACAUACGCUGGGCGGAGGCGUUUAUCCUGAUGUACUCGGUGGCGGACAAGUGCAGCUUCGACGAGUGCAAUCGACUGAAGUUUCUUAUCAACUACAACAAACGGCGCCGUCGGCUCGGUUCGUACAAUAAGGACCCUCUGCUGGACGUGCCCGUCAUACUGGUCGGCAACAAAAUCGACCAAACCGGGGACCGCAUGGUAAGCACCGAGGACGGUCAACGCCGGGCGAAAGAGAUCGCCUGCGCCUGCUUCCACGAGGUAUCGGUACGCGAAAGCAUCGAGCAGGUGAACGGCGUAUUUCGGGACGCGUGCCGUUUCUGGCGCGUGCUGUCACGCUACCCGAAGCUCAAGCGUUCCACCAGCGACGUGCACGAUCUACACUCCGAGGUCGAACUCAUCCUGAGCCCGGACAGCGUGCAUCCGUUCUGUAACUGUGAUCUCAGCCACGAGAAGCGUCAAUCCAUCGUCAUACUCGGACGACACCCGUGGACGGAAGAGGAACCGGACGAAACGGACGAGUCCGAAUCGAGCUGCUGUUCGUCCCAGAAGUCUGACAUCGACGAACCAUUCCGGGGGCGAGCAUCGACGGACGGGACACUGCUGUCUAGGCCUCGGCGAUGGAGGUUCGCACCGCCCGGAUCACUGAUGCCCCACGUCGGACGCGUCGAGCGCCGUAUGAGCAUCUCGAUGCGGGGCAGUAACGCUAGCUAUUGAAAAGCCUACGCGGGACAGCGUACCAUCGAAAUUUGAGUGAGGUUGAGGAGAGAAAGAGAAACAAAAACAUGCCAACCAAUAUGCUUUACCGAACUGAGAAACACACACACGCACGCAUACAGAUACAGAGACUCCAAAAGUGUGUACUGGGUGGGUGAACAAUAUUGUGAUUCCGUUUAUUUUUGUAUUACCGAACGUAUUUGACAACCGUUUACACCAUGCUGAACUGAAUUGCCUUCGCGCGGCGUCACCAAAGACAGAUAUUUUAAGGGAACGGUGGACGCGUGAAGUGGAGUAACUUGUAGUAGAAGAAGUAGAAGUGUAGCUAAAGGACUUAUUUUACAAAAGCAAAAAAACCGCUAACAUACAUCAGUAAACUCGAACGUGUUGUAAGAGCCAAAUCUCAACGAAAACUGUGUAUCGAAAUGUUAAUAAAGAAUAUCGUGCCCGGAAACCAGAGGGACAGUGACGUA